AUGUCCGCGAACGAAAUAAGGAAACAAUUUGGAGACGAUUUGGAUGAAAAGCUGAUCGAAGAAUGCGUUUCGAUGUGCAAAAUUUAUCAACAGAGCCCAGAGGACCUCUUUUAUAAAUGGGAAUCAAUACACCUCAAUCUUUCCUCGCACUCUGAAAUCCGGGCACCGUUUACCAUGGACUCUGUCGCGUCUCUAAAGGCGUCUUUGAACCGCGGGCUGGCGACGGGCAGCAAGAAGGCCCAGCCAAAACAGAAGACGAUGAGAGGAGGCCGGAACUUAAAUCCUGCAUUUGCGACGCGUUACUCUGGGGCGGCAAGUCAUGGAACAGCAGUGAAAGCUGAACCGGAUGCGAUGGACGUCGAUAUUCCUUCGCGUGUAUCUGCUGCUGUCACAUUUAAGGGCCCAAAGGAAGAUAUUGCAUCUAGGAAGAGACGUGCUUACCGUUAUAUGUAUGAAAAGGUCUCUGAACGGAGUGAAGGCAAGGCUCUAUUACUUACAAUUUUGGAUGAACAAAUAGACGAAUUCGCCGAGCUCAUCCGUGAACACUACAAGAUUCCAGCCUCUGCAUUGGGUGAUCCGGCCGCAUCCACCGAUGAAGACGUCACGGUAGUUGGACGCAUAGUACAGGAGUCAGAAGCAGAGUCUGGCACCAAACUAACGGAAAGCUCAUUGACUCUUGAGACCUCGCGAAUGAUGGGUUCGGGAUCACGAGUACCUCUCCGUUUUGCACCCUCCCUAAAGAUACGCGGGGGUGCUUUAGGCGCUGGUGGAAUCAGUUUCUUCCCUGGUGCAUUGGUAGCUCUGAAAGGCAAGAAUGGAGGGGGAGGCUCGUUCCUGGCCUCAGAAAUCCUCGCACCACCACCUCUACGCGCACGACCUGCAAAGUCUUUUUCGGAUCCUGGGUAUUCAGAGCCUCCGUUCUCAAUGUGUAUAGCUAGCGGGCCGUAUACUUCAGAUUCGGAUCUCAGCUUCAAACCCUGGAGAGCUUUUCUCCCGAUUAUAAAGUCCAAAAAGCCCACAGUGGUAUUAUUGAUCGGUCCAUUCAUAGAUGCUUCCCACCCUCUUUUGAGAGCGGGAGCCAUUGAUACAACUCCACUCAAGCUAUUCCAUGCGCAGUUUACAAAACCCCUGCGAUCUUAUCUUGAUUCGUCCCCGGGUAGUGUAGCUAUCUUAGUUCCCAGUGUUCGUGAUCUCGUGAGCUUCCAUGCUGUAUAUCCACAGUGUGAGUUCAGUUCCGAAGUAUCCAAUGGCGAUUCCCGCAUACAUCUGCUUCCGAAUCCAGCACAGUUUUCUAUAAACAACAUUAAGUUCGCUGUCACCAGCGUAGAUGUCCUCUUUCACCUUCGGAAGGAGGAGCUAUUGAAACGGGGGGAAGAAAUAAACUCAACAGUGCCCUCGUCUCCUGAAGACACGGGCACGGAUUCUAUGGCAAACACAUGUCGACAUAUGCUCCAACAGCGAAGUUUCUAUCCGUUGUUUCCUGUUCCCAAGGAGCUGGCUCACGAAGUUAAUCUCGAUGUCACCCACUCGCCGCUUUUGAGACUUGGUGAAUCGGACGGCGGGAACGUCGCUCCAGAUGUUUUGAUUAUACCUAGUCGUCUUAAGCAUUUUUCAAAGAUUCUCGAUGCUACUUCAACUUUGAACCCUUCGUUCUUGACCAAAGGAACGUAUGCUGUAGUUCAAACAGGGCCCAGUGGUAGCAUCAAACCAGAGGUUGUUAAGAUGGACAGCUCGUGA